AUAGUUUGCCGUCUAGUUAGCAGCAAACCCCGCCCCUCAGGCAUCCGUGAUGCCAGUGCGGGAGAGGGCGGGACUUCCGUUGUCAGGGUGCUGGCGGCUCGGUUGCUGCAGUGAGUCUGUGGCAGGCCCGGCAUGUCCGGACGGUUUUUGUAGUGGACGAAGAUGAACGGCUUCAGCACCGAGGAGGACAGCAGGGAUGGGCCUCCCGCCCCGGCCGCUCCCUUCUUCGGGCAGACGUGUUGUCUGAUAGACGGAGGGGAGCGCUGCGCCCGGCCGGCGGGGAACGCGUCAUUCAGCAAGAGGGUUCAGAAGAGCAUCUCCCAGAAGAAGUUGAAGCUGGACAUAGACAAGAGCGUCCGACAUCUUUACAUUUGUGACUUUCACAAAAAUUUUAUCCAAAGUGUUCGGAAUAAGAGGAAGCGGAAAACCAGCGAUGAUGGAGGUGACUCUCCAGAACACGAUACAGAUGUGCCAGAGGUUGACCUUUUUCAGCUUCAAGUGAACACUCUGCGCAGGUACAAGAGGCAUUACAAGCUGCAGACUCGUCCUGGCCUUAACAAGGCACAACUUGCAGAGACUGUGAGCCGGCACUUUCGUAACAUUCCUGUAAAUGAAAAAGAAACUCUGGCCUAUUUCAUCUACAUGGUCAAAAGCAACCGGAGCCGCCUGGACCAGAAAUCUGAAAGCAACAAACAGCUUGACGCAUAGCCACAAAGACUUACGGCACCUCGGCAACAAACUGUGAUUUGUACAUAGGAAAUGUGAAUGCGGCCAGACCCACGCACCCUGUGCCAUAUGCCAUCAUCCUGGUCAUUGGAAGCUAACGGUUGGCAAAUAACAUGGACAGUGACGAUGGUGGCACUGCACAUUGCAUGAGACCAGAAAGGGUUUGGAGAGAAAAAGCCCCAGCCUCUUCUUACUGUAUUAUACCUGGGACAGAAGCCGCUCAUGCCAGGAAGAGUAAGCUUUAGCCGGAGCCGGAGUAGCCCUCACUUGUAGACUUUUAACAUUUGCACUCACAGAUAGAAAAUGAAGACGAUAUGGUCGGCACAGAUCUGUGGUCAUGUGGGAUUUUACCUAUAUGUAUGUGUGUGAUU